CCGACGUCUCAGCCCUGGGGCCCGCGGCCUCCGGGCGCCGCCGCCCCCCCCCGCGGGCCGCCGCGCCCGGCGGGCGCGCGAUGGCGGUGCCGUCCAGGAGCUUCCUGGACAUGGUCCGGAAGGACCUCUUCGGAAAGAAGGACGAAGAGUACAGCCUUGCCAUCGAGAAGCUCCGGGAGGACUGGAUAACAGACAACUCCGACAAGCGCGACGAGUGUGCAACGAAGCAGAGUCUCGAAAAGGACAUCAGGGCAGCUGAGCGGGCAGCGGCCAGUCUGAGCGACCCGAUCAAGCUGCUGGACCUUGCGGAGGCCUAUGGCAUCCUCAGCCCCAAGGACCCCCGAUGCUUGAAGACCUGCGAGCUCGUGCAGCAGGUCUCGCUGCCGUUCCUGGACCCGCGGCGGCAGGGCGACGCGCACCAGCUGUACGGGCGCUCGCUGUUCUUGGCCGGCAGGUACGAGGAAAGCCUGGACGCGCUGGUCAAGGCGCAGGAGUGCUACAGAAUACAAGGCACGAAAGAGCUUCGGAAGGCGAACUGCAUAGGCCUGAUGCGGACCUACGCGGCCCUCGGCAGGAGCCCGA